AUGGCUGAACGGUCAAAAUGCGACCUUCCAUAUGGGCAUUAUGGUCGAGUCCAGAUCAGUCUGGAUGACAACAACCUUCAGUUCGGGCGCACCUUGACGGCACCUCUUUAUAUCAAGGCUUUAGACAGUCCACAUAUCUUGCGCCAGGCGUCCGACACUCUUGUUCCUCAAGAUGCAACCACCAACCCGAAGAAUUCAACUGUCGGAUUAGCGAAGCAGGCUCAGGCCCUGGUGGAGCACUAUCCUGAAUUUCAACCCGCCUUGGAUCACCUUCCCCCUCUGUUGAAGACUUCAGAGGCAGUUCAGAAAGCCGCAGGACGAUAUGAACCCACGAAAGGGAGGCUGAUAGCAUUUACCAAGGUCUGGUCGGAUAUUCGGCAUCGCACUUUCUCAGUCGCUGUCAUAGCUGCCGGUCAGACUGGAUCCGAGCUUCGACUCGUACAAGUGCAGAGACAGCGGCGCGGUUGGACCGCAGACCGAGCGUCGUGGAUCGAAGUACCAACCCUGCAUGGCGAAGAGGCUAGGUGGUCCAGCAACGAUGGCCCAAUUUUGCAAGUUUACUCAAUGCCGAAUGCGAGUAGUCGAGAUGCCUUGAUCGCUAUCCGAACUCAGUCUAAAACGCAUAUCUUUCGUCCAUCGCACAGCAAGUCGAGCCAGGAGAGUGCUCUAUCAAAUUUGACUCUGAGCCUCUUACAUACUGUGGGCAUCGAUCAGACGGGUGGUAAAAUGCACGCAGAUGUUGCUUUCAACCCUGACUUUGGCCAACAGCUUGCAAUGGUUGAAGACGCCGGGGCAUGGUCGAUUCUGGAGUUUUCUUCGCGGAGAAUGGACCGUGUAUCGCGAUCCUGGCAUGGCCUCGUACAGUCAAAGCAUUCUACGAGGACUUUUACGCUUAGGGAUGGCUGGGCACGCAUUGCUUGGAUCCUCAACCUCUCCACUUUGGUAACGUGCACCCGACAAAGCCUACGCCUGGUCAGUCUGAAAGCAGAUGGGGGAGCAAUGUCCAGAGAGAUCGAUCCCGACCUCUUCGAUACUCAAGUGCCCAUACUUGACCUCAUAGUUAUGCCAGGGGUGAAAGACUCGUUUGCUGUUCUCACAAGAACUCACAUCGUACUCUACCAGGUGACCGUCAAGAGCCCUGAUGAAGUCGUUGCGACUUGCUACGCGAAGAUUCGGCAUUUCAAAUCUUCUGAAGACCUCAGUCUACGGCUUUCAUCAUGGGUUGAUCAGGAUGACGUGUUUCUAGCGCUUCUGUCCAGUCUGCCCAGCCCGAUGUGUGUCUUUUGGCUGCGUCUGGAUGGAAAAGAUGUCGCAAUACAUGAUGGGCCCUUCGAGCUCGUCCUUUCCGGCGCGCAUUCCCUGAGAGACUUGCAUGUGCAGCCUCUCGAGAUGGUCAGCAAGCCAAUAUCAUCUGCGGAUCCGCACAGACACGCAGACCAUGUACGCCACUACUCAUUCAUAGCUCUGCGAGCCGACUACUCGAUCUUCGAAGGGAUUUGUUAUGGUCUUCCUACUCAGCGUUCACCGAACUAUCAGCUACCUACAGCACCACUAUGGGAACAGAAAUUUGGUCCGGCCACGCAGUCGAGAUUAUGGAGGGAACGCUUCGUCGUAGAGGACAGCGACUCCUUGUUGGAGCCAGACCAGCAACGUCCAGAGCCGGUGUCUCGACGAGCGAGGAAACCAAAGGCUCUCCUUUCAGCGAAAGAAAAGCCAACAAGCUUUGAACUUGUUGCGGGUGUUCUGUCCCAGCCGCUUGGCCCAGACAAGUCGAUAGAGGACCUUGCAUCUGAAGUAUCUGCUGCCCUGCGCAACAAGAACAUCGAAAAUGCCGGACCCAUGCGCACUUUGCAUAGCUUUGCGAAGGCCGAGAUCGCCACUAACGAUGUGGGAGAAGCGUCUGCACUCCUGCAAAACACAUUCAAGACAGCGGAUCACGGCGCAGAGAUUGAUGAUGAGCCUGGAGAUCGCGAUCAUGGGCGCGAUCUGCGCUUGAAGGUCGAAAGUGGCCAGUCGUUUGGAUUUUUCUUGCCUGAAGAUCAAGUGACUGAUUCGAAGGCAACUCUAGCAUCUGUCCAUGAUCAUUUCAUCUCGAACUGGGUAACCCCUCUUUCGUCAAACGUUCCUGGAUGGGUACGAUUGGCGAAGGCAAAUCUCGCUCAGCGCAUGGCAGCCGAAGUCUUCCUGGCCACUCAAAGACUACGCCUUCAGGAAAUCAAAGCACCUGUGUCCCAGGAAAUUCAAGAAGAGAGCCAGGCGCAGGAGCAGACAUGGGACCUUCCCUUAAGGGCUUCGGGGCCAAUCGCGCAGACAUUGCCUACGAGCUCUCGCACAGCAAGAUACCUCUCGCAGAAUUCGGCACUGCCUACGCCUUCUCCUACAGCAACUCCUUCCGUCAUUACAGCAUCCAGUGGCUCGUCCUUGACGGCUGCUCCGGAACUGCAUCGUCUGAGCAAGUACACUGUCUUUGCGAAGCCGGCGCCUAUGGUUCUUCCAAGACCUCUGGUCAAAGUCUUAUCACACUGGGAUGUUGGAAAAGAUCCAGACGAUUACGACUGGCUCUCACCGUCACGCCAUCUUACCCAGCAAGAAGACAACGACGCAGAGAACGAUCUGACGGAAAGAGAACGGAAGCGGCUACAACGACGAGCUGAGCGGCACAUUCUGCGCCAACGUAAAGAAGCCGCUGCAAGCCAGGCAUCUCAAAUGACGAGCAGUCAAGCGACGGAAAUUAUGAGUGCCAGUCAGCCUGCCGUGCUGAAGGUAGAAAGCCAGCCUUCAGGGAUACCCGCGAGCAGCCAAAGCCAGGGGCCAAGCAUAGGUCCAGCCGCAGCGAGUCAAGUUGUGCCUGGCCGCUUUGGUGGCAGGCCACCGCCAAAGAAGAGACGAAAACAAGGCUUCUGA